GAAAUCACACAAACCCAACCACAAAACCCUAGCACUGUAAGCCUACACCACCGCCACAAGGGAGGGGCAUACUGCCGCCGUCCGUCGCACUCAAAGUUCGCCAUCCGUCAUCUAGCUUCCCUCGUGCGCCAAGUCUUCAACCCCUGUUCGCUGUCACCGAUCACGGUUGCUUCCUCGAGCUCGGCGUCCGUCGUGUUUGUCUGCUCAGCCUCGCUUCCGUCGCCGUUUGUUUGCCGUUCACGUUCGCGUCUUCGUUCGCGUUCUUCGCCGUUCGCGUUCGCUCGGCGUUCACCGUUCGCGUUCACUCGUUGUUCACCGUUCGAGUUCGCGUUCGUCUGGAAGCCACGUUGCUCUGCUUCAAACUCUGCGACCAACCCGCGUGCUCCACUCAGCCGUCGAACUGCUCUCUGUUGUCCCUGCCGUGAGUUCCCUAAACCCGCCACCAGACAAUACACUCACACAACAGACAACACCAAUACUCUUCUUCAAACUCUGCAAUUUCUGAUUUCUACUACAAUAAUGAACCAGUGACUAAAACGGUUCGAUGACCGGUCCGGUUCAACUCAUCGAGUUUUGAGGAUACAAUACUAGGGCUUGAAGAAGCCGAUAUUGGAAUCCGUCGAGCUCCGCCUCCGAGUCCGGUGAUUUUGUUUGCGUUUUCCCGGCAAAUCCAAGACAUCACCAGUUGUUGUGGUUGGAUAAAAGGUUCCUUCCAAUCCUUCUCAGAAACCCAAAGUUUCUUCUCUCCAAAAAAAUGGGCGGGAUACAGCAGGAAAACAGAGAAGAGAAGGUAUCUUUGGAGCUCAGUGAGGAAAUUCUUCAGAGCAUGGAAGUUGGAAUGGCCUUCAAAGACUAUAAUUGUAAAAUUAGUUCCAUGGAUUUUCACAGGGCAACCAGCUAUCUAGUCACUGCUAGCAAUGAUGAAUCCAUUCGUCUCUAUGAUGUCACUGCCGGAACAUGUUUGAAGACAAUUAACAGCAAGAAGUAUGGGGUUGACUUGGUUUGUUUCACGUCUCAUCCGACCACUGUCAUAUACUCAUCUAGAAAUGGGUGGGAUGAAUCUCUGCGGCUUCUAUCGUUGCAUGAUAACAAGUAUUUGAGAUAUUUCAAAGGUCAUCAUGACAGGGUUGUCUCACUUAGCUUGUGCUCCCGGAAGGAGUGCUUUAUUUCUGGAUCUCUUGAUCGAACUGUUUUACUAUGGGAUCAAAGGGCCGAGAAAUGCCAGGGACUUUUACGUGUACAAGGAAGGCCUGCUAUUUCAUAUGAUGAUCAAGGGCUUGUUUUUGCAAUUGCCUUUGGAGGAUACAUAAGAAUGUUUGAUGCACGCAAGUAUGAAAAGGGUCCCUUUGAGAUCUUUUCUGUUGGGGGAGAUAUUUCUGAUGCAAAUACAGUGAAAUUUAGUAACGAUGGGAGACUCAUGCUUUUAACAACUGCAGAUGGGCAUAUUCAUGUUCUUGAUUCAUUUCGUGGCACACUUUUAUCAACAUAUAAUGUCACACCUGUCUCGUGCAACUCCACGUUAGAAGCUUCUUUCAGUCCAGAGGGAAUGUUUGUAAUAUCCGGUUCUGGGGAUGGCAGCAUUUAUGCAUGGAGUGUUCGAAGUGGUAAAGAGGUUGGUAGCUGGAGGAGUGCAACUGCUGAUACUGGACCACCGGUGAUAAAAUGGGCACCGGGAAGUCUCAUGUUCGCAACCGGAUCUUCUGAGCUAUCAUUUUGGGUCCCAGAUUUGUCUAAGUUGGGAUCUUAUGUUGGAAGAAAGUAAAAGCCAUACAUGAUGGAGGUUCUGUUUGCCCCCACAGGCCCACAACUGACUGAAAGAUACUAGACUAUGAUGGGGGGUAACAAAUAAGGGUGAGUUUUUCUUAUUUUGACUGGUUCACCAAACACACCCUUAGUGACAAACUUUGCCUGUGUGACCGUGUAUAUAGAAGUAUAUCAUUAUAUAAAAAUCUCAAUGAAUCAAAAUGAAGUUAUUAUGUC